AUGAAGUUUGAAGUCGUUUAUAGUUCUGUGGGUUUGAUGAUUGGUGUCAUGCUUGAAGUGAUGGCAUGGCAUCUUGACUUUGAGGAACUCGUUCAGAGAGGUCCAAAGUUGAAGAAAUACUGUAAUGCCAGUGCCAAUGGUGAUAAGAAAUCCAAGUUUUCUGCUCUUCGUGAACCACAUGGAUUGGUUGGAUCUAUAGAUGAUGUUGGGCAAGCCAAACUAGAAAACUUUGAAAUGCUCCAAGCUGAGUAA